AGGGCACCCACUAGCAGUUCACUUCCGACUAUUAUGGGAUGUGUUUGUAUGAACUGAUCAAAGUUACUCUCUAGUCUUGUAGCAACACCUGACAAAUGGCAGCAGAGAGUAGCAAACGGAAACAACAGUUUCUAUUAGACCGGACUAGGAAUAAACUGGGGCUUACGUUACCCCCCGCAUCCGAAUCACCUUCCGGGGAUGCAACAGAUUGCAAACCAUCAUCAUCCACAAAUGUGGAAUCAUUGCAGAAAGCACUUGCAGGACUGGAUCUUGAUGAUCAACAGCGACAGAGACUUGAACAGUUUUUGACACAGAAAAAGAAAGUGAGAGAAUUAAUGGCAGAAGACUUUCAGAGAUUAGGAGAACUUGGAGCAGGCAAUGGGGGUGUUGUCACUAAAGUUUUACACAAACCAACAGGUUUGAUAAUGGCCAGAAAGCUAAUUCACCUUGAAAUCAAACCAGCUGUGAGGAACCAAAUCAUCCGUGAACUCAAGGUGCUGCAUGACUGCAACUCCCCCUACAUUGUAGGCUUCUAUGGUGCAUUCUACAGUGAUGGAGAAAUAAGUAUUUGCAUGGAGUAUAUGGAUGGUGGUUCCCUUGAUUUAAUAUUAAAGAAAGCAGGUAGAAUUCCAGAGCCAAUAUUAGGAAAGAUUACAAUAGCUGUUUUGAAAGGGUUAACAUAUUUAAGAGAAAAGCAUCAAAUUAUGCACAGGGAUGUGAAACCUUCAAAUAUUCUUGUCAAUACAAAAGGAGAAAUCAAGGUCUGUGAUUUUGGAGUAAGUGGACAGCUCAUAGAUUCCAUGGCCAACUCUUUUGUAGGAACGCGGUCAUACAUGUCACCUGAACGUUUACAAGGAACACAUUAUUCAGUGCAGUCAGACAUUUGGAGUAUGGGUCUUUCUCUAGUAGAAAUGGCCAUAGGCAGGUAUCCUAUUCCUCCACCAGAUCCCAAGGAUGUGAAAGCCUUAUUUAGUGAUGAUGUGGCUAUGGAGCACCUGAAUGCAGCUAGGACAGGAAUCCCACUGCCAGGUUGGGGUUCCAAUACUUCACAAUAUUUGGCACACACACCACCUGAUGCAUUGAAUUUUGGCAGCAGAAAUAGCUUUACUCUCCCCUCAGCUGAUGGACCUAGACCAAUGGCCAUAUUUGAGCUUUUAGAUUACAUUGUCAAUGAGCCUCCUCCAACCUUGCCAAAGUCAGCAUUUUCUCCGGAGUUUGAAGAAUUUGUUUCCAAGUGCUUGCAGAAGGAACCAACAGAACGUGCAGACUUGAGAACUCUUGUGAAUCAUCCUUUUGUUAAGAAAUGGGAUGAAGAGCCUAUUGACAUAGGGAACUGGGUUUGUAAGGUUAUGGAUAUUGAACCCAUGAAGAGCUAGGAGAUACUGUUAAAAAGAAUGGAAUGUAAACUUAUAACUCGAACAGCAAGCAGGACAUGCUAAGCAACAAAUAUAAUGAUGCGGCAGUAUGUUGUGCAUAAAUUCUUCACAUUUAUGUAAGCUCCAACUAAAGUUAAUGAAUAUUGGCUAAAAUAUUAGCAGAUUGCUUGCUUUAGAAACUGUGUAGCUUACCUGGCUCUAGUUUGGAGGAUAUGAUUUCACAUUUAACCAACAUGGACCAGAAGUCAAAAUAUGGUUUAGUUGCAGAUUUAAUGCAGCUUCUUGAGUCCCAGUGAGAAAUACAAUAUGAUAAAUAGAAGUUAUUAGCUUCUGUGACUUCAUAUUAUAGUAUCCCAUAAUGUAUGUAAGGAAUGCAGAAGGAAUUACUAAUACCUCAAGACAUGACAGGAUGUCACAUUGCAGAAGUCGGACUGCUCAAGUCUAGCAUGGAACAGCUUCCUGUAUAGCAGGAAAGGAGACGGCCAUUCCACACAGUUUUUUCUUCAGAAUCUGACUAAUAUUAGUUAAAACAAAGCAAGUACUUAUAUAAUAUAAAUGUAUGUAUAGUAUAUAAAAUACAUAUGUACAACCGUAAACCAAAUCUGUAAUACGUUUGCUUUAUUUGGUGAUGGGUGCUACAGUGGACGGAGGAAUUGUGGCAAAGAUUUUGCCCGUUAUUUCAUUGUAUGGUCCCUCGCUGCUGUAUAUAUAAUUAUAACUUGCAACCAGUUUGGAAAUUUUGAAAUAUAUUGUGGACAUAUUGAAAUGAAUUGUAAACCUAGCCAGAAUGUGCUGCUUGAUGGUUACAGGCAUGACUUUUCUAUAUAGCAUUGUUGACAUGAGCUAUGAAAGAAGUCUGUAAUAGAAAGGGAAGGUGACCCUACAUAAGUCGGCUUCUCUCUUGGUGACAUUUGUAUUGAUACCCAUUGUGUAUGUAACUUUAUAGUAUAAUUUAGUUAUGUUAAAUACAAACUGUGCAAUUAGUCUGCCAUGUGUUAAUAUCUGUUGCCUCCUCAUGUUUAGACUCUUAUUGCUUCCUCAGGUAUGCUUUAGCCUGGCUUGCCACCAUGACCAUGUAACUUCUGUAUUAAUUGUUCACUGUUGUGGUCACCUUUGCCUGACAUUUGAAAUACAGUUGGUUUGGGGUUGGGUAAAGCAUUGGUUUUUCUGUACACUGGUGGCUUUUUAUUUCUAAGAAAAGAAAUCUGAUGUAUGGGCCGAUUACCCCAUUUUGGGUGUAUUUGUGCUGGGCAUAUUUCAAAGAAGAUUUAUUGUAUAUCAAGGUUGCAAGUCUGCAGUUCUAUUUGAUAUUCUAAGCUUAAUAUUUGUAUGAUGCAGUGAUAGAUGGCAGCUUAUAAAAUUUUGCAUAGAUUUGUCAAGAAAACACAAUGUAUGAGAUUUGAUUGAUCAGUGAUUCUUUAUGUCACAGUUUUUGGAUUAAAAGAGAAUGACCCUAAACUAUGCAGGUUAGUUGGCAAAAGAGUGGAAGUAAGUAUUAUUAUUUGCUGCUGCAAUAUGAAAAGUUAUACAGGGGCAUAUAGGUGCCACGUGUGGGUGUAUUUGCUUAUUUUGUUCGUAUUUUUGGUGUAUAUAUUUAUAGUUGCAUUAUGAAUACUUUGUACUGAUUUUUCACUAUAUUUAUCGUUGUUGGUUUUCACAUUUAAGCUGUAUUUAGACCCAGAUACCAUUUAUCCAAAUUCACAAAAGUUUUUUUUUUCUUUUUUUGUUCAAGUUGCUAAACAAGUUUUGCCACUCAUAAAUGUUUUAUCUCAAGAAGCAGCUGUAAUUUUUCAUCAGAAGAAAAAUGUUCCUCUUUAUUUUUCAAAACAACUGAACUCCACAACUAUGUUAGCAACUUGCUUUCUUGCUUUGAGAAUUUGUGACACUCAAAAUUAUGCUGCUUUGUACUUGGUGGCAGACUCAGAUGAAACAGAAAAUCAUGGUUAAAGAGCACUCUCUUAGUGCAGAUUGUCUAAAUGUAUGUUUUUGGAAAAUUGUGAUUGGCACGUUUAUUUUGCCAACAACAAUAUCAGCAUAUUCAGAUUAAGUGACAGAAAUAAAUGUUACAUAAUUUCAGGACUCAUUAUUAUACAAAUAUAAGUUUUAUGUGUAAAUUCGGUAUUUAUACAAUAGAUUCUUUUGUUAAGUUUGCAAUCUGUUUAAACCAUAAUCUCAUAUAUUUCACAUACCAUUAAUGUUUCAAAUAGUAUAUAAAGGGUAUGGCAUUGGAGUAUCUGAGAGCCCUGAUCAUGUAGUGUAACUGUAAAUGUAUUAAAGCAUUGAUAACUUUCAUGACCUAAUUACUGUACAAUCAUGUUUUUCUAAACAUACUAGUACAUGGAAGAAGCCCAUGCUAGAUGUAACCUGCAGAUUAUGUUCAAGACAACUACUGUCAUUUGAAGAUUGCAUUCUUGCAGUUUUCAAUUCAAAAAUGUUCAUGAUCUUGAAAUAAUUUGUUCAAACUGUGAAUAGUGAUUACCUGUAAGAUUGGAUAGUUCAAAAUCAUGGGUCAAAAUAGUUCAAAAUCAUGGGUCAAAAUUUAUGAACUAUUUGAAGUUGUAACUCUGGUAUUGCUAAGUAAUUAAUCAGAAAAUAAAUUUAAUUUUUAAAUUAUAAAGAAGCAUAUUUUAUGUGAAUCUGAAAUGUGUUAUUACUAUUAAAUUUAUUUAAUGUAAUCUUUUGAUGUGUAGUCUAUAAGCUGAGGUACUAGUUCAUCAUUAAACGUGAAUUGAUGCAGACAAUUGUUACUUCAGAUGACACUUUCGAGUUGUGCUGCUUCAGUUUUACGUUUCUAUUUUAUCUUGUAAAAUGAAUGUUUAUAAUUGACUACAGCAGCUUUUUGAUAAAAUAAGUCUUUAAAUGGGCAGGGCAUUGAUUGAGAAUGUGAACUAGGAGUUUAAGUGCACCAAAAUGAACUUGCCUGAUUACUGCAUACUACCUUUUUAAGGAUGUAAAAUUGUGAACAUAAGUCUGGGUGCGAGUGUUUGUGAAGAAUUUAUAUUUGAAUUAGAUAGUGUACAUGUGCUGUGCUCACUUUACAACCUACCA